UGAGAUGCCGGCAGUUUAUUUGCAUCUGGCUGGGUUGGUUGGUCGUCUUCUCUCUAAACGAUUCAAAGAUGACGGGGUGCUUGUUCAUGUUUGUGUAAACCAUUCUCAACAAUCUCAAUAAAAACCGCUCAAAAGUUCAAUUUCGUCAGCAGAAAACGCAGCUUUAAUUGGCAAUGAACUCUUACCAGAUAUAAAGUCGUCACAACACGUGGGUGGAAUUAGCUUUUUCCUUGGUUAAGUCCUUACCAUAUAUGUUUUUUAACCAUGGCGUUCGCACGGCGUUCUCUGGACAGUUCAUUUGUCUUCAUUUUUUGGCAAUUUUUAUUAUUUUGGGAGUUCUUUCUGAAAAACCGUUUCUCUUUGUCACGAGUAGCAUUAUUACCGCAGUUAUAUCCUGCACACAAAGCAGGCACUGUCUUUCUUCAAAGGCAAUGAAAUCAAAAGAAAAUCACGAAGCGUUGCAGCAGCUCACACGUAAAGCGCCGCUGUCUUGGUUGUCUAUCAUCCAACAUGGCGGACUUCAGGUUUGAAAAAAUAAGCGUGACGUCACACGCAGAAUACUGCAACAGUUUUCCGAUGAUUGCGUUUUUCUACGCUUCAGAAAGUGCUUUUUAUCCAUUUAGAUGUUGCGUGAAACACCGUUUUCUCUCUUGGAGACUUUUUUCUUAAAAAGAAAAAUGCGGACUUGAUAUACUGAAUACUUUCCAGCCUUGGAAAGUUUUACGGUUACAAAUUUUUAGUGCCGAGUCUGGAGACUCUCUCCAUAACCUACUCUCUGAAAAUAGAAAUCCAUUUUGAAAAACUGAACAAGCGAAAUGCAGACUUGGAUAAUCGGGGGGUAUAUGAAAAUAUCUUGCUAGCUCAUUUGAAUCAAGAUAAUUUCUGGAAAAAUAGUCGUCUGUAAUAGACGAGGAGUGCUGUUCUGUGAAAUGAAUUCUGCCAAAAGAAUCAAUCAAGUCUGACAGACCUUGUAUAACCAGAUGCUGUGAAUCCGGUCACCAAGCUUUUAAUAGACACACCUGAUUGGCACCAUGUGUGUUUAUGCCGGUCAGCUCCCAUAAUCACCAUUAAAGUAAUUAGUCAUGGUGCCAGAAUUCUCAGCCAUGUUGUGUAACCUACAAACUGUAUUUAUAAAACCAUCACAGAUGAUACUUUUGCAUUUGGUUGGUUCAUGUUGAGUCAAGAGACUCUUGGAUGUCGAGGAUCGUCUUGAUUUUCUGGUCGUCACCUGACUAAAAUCUCACACAAUCCAAAUGAUCAACAGAAAGGCUUUCUUCCAUAUACACUGCAUGGUUUCACAUAUUUCGCCUCAAGGGCGUGGGUGUGGUAUUGUGUAGAACUUUAUCUCGAGGUGCUCAGUGGUGGAAAAUAAAUCUCUGAAGAGUUCUCUCGUGACAAAUCUAGUUAUUCCUGUGGUACCAUUUUCUGUGAGGUGACGUUGGGUGAACAUUUGGAAGGAGUCUCCAGUGUCGGGAAGUGGUUUCUGGCUUUUGAACUGGACGCAGCUCCCCCCACCCACCCUCCUUCAAGCUCAUGGGGCAUCAAUACAACACUAGGAAUCUAAGAAGUGGAGUCAGAUAUACAGUAAUUUAAGAGUAGGAAUUUGUUGAACCAUGGAAUCCAGGACUGCAGUUAAUUCCCUGAGAAGAUUAUUGUUAUUGUGUCCUACAUACUUUUCCAGUUCUCGCUCUCUCAAUCCCCGCUUGAAGACGUUCAAACAUUGAGUCAUUCGCAAAAAAAUUUUGCAUUUGAAGCAUGCAAACAUGUUCUCCCCUGCUGGCCAAAAGACCCGAAGGGGGAUUACGUCGUGGCGAUUUCAGUCCGUCCUGGGAAGGGUGCUCACCUUCUGAAAUCAACUCCUCUCACAAUUUUUGGAGGAAUUUCACAAAACUUGACAGGGUUCUUUGUUAUAUGUCGGAAAUACGCAUAUUGUAGUUUUCUUAAAUUCGGUCGCAUUUUACCGGAGCUCCAGCCCUUGAUAUAACAAAAUUAUAGUUUGACAGUUUCAUGAGUGUGUUUUCCUUCUGAAAUCAGCUCACAAUUUGUGGAGGAAUUUCACCAAACUUGGCGAAAGGCAUUGUUAUAUGUCGAUAUGUGGUGAUCAAAAGUGAAUACGUUGGAUCAGAAUAGGAUAGUCGCCCCAUCUGUCGGUCCUUCCUUCCAUCCCAUUGGAAGAAAUAUUCCCACUGGACGGAAAGAGAGGUCAACCUCUCCUUGUUUGUAAUUUUUUUUCACCCCCUUCCUCGUGACCAUGGGUGGAGCAGUGAGUGCCGGCGAGGACAACGACGAUCUGAUCGACAAUCUGAAGGAAGCACAGUACAUCCGCACAGACAAGGUGGAGCAGGUGUUCAGGGCGAUAGAUCGCGGGGAUUACUAUUUAGAUGGAUACAGAGAAAACGCCUAUAAAGACUUGGCCUGGAAGCACGGCAACAUCCAUCUUUCAGCCCCGUGCAUCUAUUCUGAGGUUAUGGAGGCACUGAAUCUGCAGCAAGGACUGUCCUUCCUCAAUCUGGGCAGCGGGACAGGAUACCUGAGCACAAUGGUGGGCCUGAUCAUCGGUCCGUUUGGAGUCAAUCAUGGCGUGGAGCUCCACAAGGAUGUGGUGGAAUAUGCAAAAGAGAAACUGGACGAGUUCGUUAAAAACAGUGACAGCUUUGACAAAUUUGAGUUCUGUGAGCCCCAUUUCGUGGUGGGAAACUGUUUAGAGAUCUCGUCAGACAGCCAUCAGUACGAUCGCAUCUACUGUGGAGCCGCAGUUCAGAAAGACCACGAGAACUACAUGAAGGUCAUGUUGAAAGUCGGAGGCAUUCUGGUCAUGCCCAUUGACGAUCAGUUGACUCAGAUCAUCAGAACCGGUCAGAGCUCUUGGGAGAGCAAGAAUAUCUUGGCCGUGUCCUUUGCGCCUCUUGUCCAGCAAAACCGAAGUAAAGGCAGCAAACCGGACAGCGUGAUCUUGCCUCCGCUGUCAGUGCGGAGUCUGCAGGACCUGGCGCGCAUCUACAUCCGUCGCACGCUGCGCAACCUCACCAACGACGAAAACCCAUCCAAGGGGACAGGGCCACACGUGCCACAAAAGCGCAAACGCAGGCGCUGCCGCCGCACCCGACACCACCGCGUCAACACCUACGUGUUUGUCGGCAACCAGCUGAUCCCACAACCCAUUGAGAGCGAGGAGGACGAGAGGAUCGAUGACGAGGACAGCAAAGAGGAAGAGCAGGACAAGGAUGUGGAGAAAGACAAACCUGAGCAACCUCAGGUCAACUUGCUAAGAGACAAGGUCCUGAGCUUGCCUCUGCCCGAGUCGCUCAAGGCUUAUCUGCUGUAUUACAGAGAGAAAUAAGGAAAAGUGUUGACGUUCUGCAUCCGAUCAAGCAAUGUUUUUGUAUUAAGGAAUCUCUCACUCUCUCUGACUUUUGAUAAUGUAGCAUAAUUUAAUUUUGUUUCAAGAUUUCAAGGCAAAUUUUAAACCUUUAUGGUUGUGCUUUACUGAAUGCUGUUCAAAUGAUUUCUCGUUCUGGUUCUGAAAUCUUUUGAACAUUUGAGGACCUAACCGGACUCACCAAAACAUUUUUUGAGGUUUCUAGAUCUCUCUAGUAGUUUGUACUCGGCGUUUGCUAUGAUCUCAUUCAUAUUCCAACAGAAAUCUUUAUAUUAAUUUGUCUCCAGAGCCAGGCCUUGAUCAGUUUUAACUGGCACUUGAUCUGUUUCUAGUUUGUCGAGGAUAAACAUUUGCCGUUUGUAAAUCCACGACAGGCUGUUUCUACACUUUUACAUUUUAGUUAACGGUGUGGGUUUCUCAGCGUGUAUCUAUUUGAUAAUCUUAUUGGGAUGCACAGCAAAAUGUGCUUGCAUGUUUGAAUGCAUUUUUUUCUUUUUUCCCCCCUUUCCCUCAGAAGGUGACCCUAAGAGGUACAACAUGAAGCGGGCUUCAUUGGUUAUAAUUUAAAGUUCUUUGGUCCAGUUGUACAUUAAUCAAAGCUUAGUCUUUGGUUACAUUGCACUAUUGGUAGAGAUAGUCUAUCGAUGAAUCAUUUUACUCAAUGACAUUACCUGAUUUGUGUCCAAAAAACCCUUCUCUAACCCAGUGUUGCGACAGUUUUAUUUUAUUCCCCCCCCCUCCCCUGAGGCUUGACAACACUUCCAUCAUGUUUGCAAGAUAAAGUCUAGUCAUGAUUUGCUGUGUCGUGUGUCAUUGUCCACCCACGACACGUUUUUCAUUGAUUGUUUCAUUUGUAAUAUAUGAACUAAAUACAGUAUUAACUUAAUGGUAGAUGCUAAGAAGUGUCAUGUUGAGGAAAUUAAGCUUCGAGGUCCUUUUUUAAAAGAUUCUGUGAGAAUUCCAUAUUUUGUGUAUCUGGAAAACACUUUCAGUUUGUAGUUGCUGGGUUUACAGUUGCUCGUAUUCUUUUGUAAAUGAGAAAAUAGACUUUUGCAACACAGGGAAAAAGAUCAUGUACUAAGACAAGUGGAAAAAAGACUAGGACUCGAUUCAUAAAGAGGAGACAGAUUUUGUCCCUUAUGUUGUAUUCUUCUUAGGAUUGUGCUUCACAAUCUUCAUUUCAGUGUCUUUCUAUUUAUCUUUCUAGCACAAAACCACAACUAUAUUCAUACAAGUUGAGGUAUAUAUUAAAGCAUUAUUCAAGUUUUUUCAGACUGGGCCAAUGUGGGACUUUUCCCAAUGGAUAUUUUACACAGUCAGGAUUUAAGUCUAUUAUCUGCUGGAUAUAUGUACAGUAUAAAACUAUAUGGGGUGUGAAUUCUUUAAUAAAUUCUAACCUUUGUGAA